GUAGUAUUUUCCUGUAACACUCAUUUCAAAUGAUCCUCACAAUCGAGCAUGUCAACCAAUAUAUUCACCUUUCAGGAUUACAAAUCCACACCAGAUCCAGUUUAUGAAGUAAGCGCAGAAUGUUUUCAGCCUUCACCCGUUCCAAUAAUUAUAGAUAAUGGUUCCUUUCAAACGCGGGCGGGAUGGGCGUGCGACACUGACGAACUUUCGGCUCCGAGACUUCAAUUCAAAUCCGUGGCGGCCCGAAGCCGAGGGGCCGCGAGGAGUGAGACUCAGAUUGGUAAUGAUAUCCCAAAUCUCGAACCACUCCGAUGGCUCCUGAAAAGUCAGUUCGAUCGCAAUGUGGUUGUCAAUUUCGAGAUGCAAGAGCUGAUGUUCGACUAUGUGUUUAUGCAUCUGGGCCUUACCACAGAGGGCCGAGUGGAGUACCCCGUGGUUGUGACUGAGGCUCCUUGCAACCCACUACACUGCCGCCAGAUGAUGUCGGAACUUCUGUUCGAGUGUUAUGGUGUUCCACAAGUCAGCUAUGGCAUUGACAGCUUGUAUAGUUUCUACUUGAACAACAGGCAACGCAGUGUGGAUAGCCCGCACACCGGACUUGUGAUCUCUUCUGGUUAUCACUGUUCUCACGUUCUUCCAGUCAUCAAUGGCAGUUUGGAUGCAGUCAAUUGCAAGCGGCUUAAUGUGGGAGGAAGCCAGGCUGCCAGUUACCUCCAGCGGCUGUUGCAGCUAAAGUAUCCCGGCCAGCAGCCUGCUCUCACUCUCAGUCGUAUGGAGGAGCUCCUGCAUCAGCACAGCUACAUUGCUUCAGACUACCAACAAGUGCUAGAAAAGUGGCGCAGCCCAGAGUUCUACGAGCAGGAAGUACAUCGCAUCCAGCUGCCAUUUUCAGCCAAGCUGGCGGGUGCUGCCGUGGUGGGGGCCGAGGAGCGUCAGGAAAGGAGAGCCAAUCAGCUGCGGCGACUGCAGGAGAUCAACGCCCGGCGCAGAGAGGAGAAAAACCAGCAGGACCAGGAGCGCCUCGACAACCUAUUGGCAGUGCAGGAGCUGCUUGAGGACGGGUUGGUGGAUCAGUUCCAGCGGCGGCUGAUUGAGCUGAACAUGGACUCUGCAGAGGAGCUCCAGUCCUACAUCCACAAGCUCGGCGUGCUCCUGGAGCUCAGCCGUCAGCGGACUCUCCAGGAGGGGCCAGAUAGCAGGGCAGAGGCUUUGGAUCUUGAUCAGCCCAUGGAGGAAGGGGACGGCGCAGCUGAUACUGAUGCUGAUUUUAGAGAGGAAAACACAGAAGUGGAAAGAUUGGUUAAUGUUUCCCAGCCUGUGUUGAAGUUAGCAGAGUACCACCAACUGUAUGUGGGCACGGAGAGACUGCGCGCUCCAGAGGUCAUGUUCCAGCCCUCCAUGAUUGGAGAAGAUCAGAUGGGCCUCAUGGAGACUGUGCAGUUUGUGCUGGACAGGUACACUCCUGAGCUGCAGAUGGCGCUGGUGGAAAAUGUCUUUCUCACAGGAGGAAAUCUGAUGUACCCUGGGUUGCAGGAUCGUGUGGAGAGUGAGAUGCUGGCCAUCAGACCUUUCCAGUCAUAUUAUAAGGUGAGGCUAGCAUCACGGCCAGCGCAGGAUGCAUGGUAUGGAGCUCGCGAGUGGGCUUUGCAGCACCCCCCCGGGGGACCAGGUUGGGUGAGCAGGCAGGACUAUGAGGAGAAAGGAGGGGAGUAUCUGAGUGAGCACUGUGCCUCAAACAUCUUCAUCCCCAUGCCGAUCAGUCGACCCACGCAAAGAGCAAACGAGGCCACCCCAGCCUCUGAAUCCACUCUGCCCACAGAGUCUGUACCGACAACUGGACCUGUUGCUGUCACCAUUGAGACCACUCCAGUGACCACCCCAGUAUCUGGUGCUAGUGCCUCCCUUUCAGAUACCAAUAUGGCAUCUCCCAGCACACAAAACACAGAGCUGUCAUAGUAACACAAAGCUGCUUCUUGCCACAUAAUGAUACAUGCACCUUCCCCCUGACCAUUCCCAUUCAUUUAGACUGAAUGAAGGACAUACUGGUGUAGGAUUGCAUGUGGUGGUCGAAAUGACAAGAAAAUGAACUCUUAAUAGACUAAAGAUGUGUAUGUUUGUUUAUGGAUAGUGUUGUAUACACCACACCGUGUAUUUAACGGAAUUCCGUUUGAGGGCUGAAAGAUCACACUUUGCUCCAUUUUGUCAUUAAGCAUAUUUAAUACAAAAUUACAGCAAUACAUGUAUAUUUGACACGGUUCAUUCAGUGGUACAGUACGGAAGAUUAUAACAUGGAUUCCCUUUUUUAAAUAUGAUACAGUAGUAAUUUCUCAGUUUUGUCAUUAUUAUUAAUUACAAAUGCGAUUCUGAAUAAAAAAACAAAAGAUGUUAA